UUGCUCCACUAUCUUUUUAUUUCUCUCACCCCUCGUGAAAACCGUCUUCUUCAUCUCUUUCCUCUCUCACUUUCACACAAUACAGUUUUUUGCAUCUGUCACAUUCCACAGUUCUCUUUCUUUCUAAUACUUCCUUAGGUUCCAUUCCAAACUCACACUCUUGUGCCGGCAAUACUUUCUGUAAUUACACCAUAAAACAGAGCGUCGUCGUCGUCGUCGUCGUCGUCGUCUUCUCCUUCUUUUUCUUCAUCCAUGGCUGGCAACAAGUUUGCAACAAUGUUACACAGAAACACCAAUAAGCCGACCCUUGUUCUUGUCUACGCUUUCCUUGAAUGGAUUCUCAUCAUUCUCCUUCUUCUGAACUCUCUUUUCUCCUACUUAAUUUUAAAAUUCGCCGAUUACUUUGGCCUCAAAAGGCCUUGCAUAUGUUGUUCUAGGAUCGAACACAUCAUCGAGCCCAACAAGUGUACGGACAAGUCUUGUUUCAGAGAUCUUGUCUGUGAAUCUCAUGCCUAUGAGAUUUCCAAACUGGGGUACUGUUACAAUCAUGGCAAACUGGCUGAAUCCGAGGAUAUGUGUGAGGAUUGCUCGUCUUCUUCUUCUUCAUCAUCAUCUGAAUUAGAUUAUGUUAAAAUUUCAAAGAGCUUUGGUUUCUUUCCAUGGAUCCAGCAGAAGACGGUUAUGAUUCAGGACACUGAUGAUCGCAAGGCUUCGAAGUGUUCUUGCUGUGGGGUCCACUUGGAAAGCAGAUUAUGCCCUCCUUGUUUUGUGGUUAAGCCGUUGGAUCAUAACCAGAUUCAGACUCUGAUUACACAAGGCGGGAUUGAUGUUGAUGCAGAGAAUGAUGAAGAUGAUCCUAUCAGAGCGGAUUCAGUAUUUGAUCAUCAUGAGGAUGAAGAUCAAAAUGCUAAAGAAAACGUGGAAACUCAUAAAGUGUCCAAUGUUGAUCAGCCUUGUGAGCCAAAAACUGGGGAAAUUCCGCCGCAGCAUCUUGAGUUCUUCAUCCAUGGCGAUAAUUGUAGCUUGAUUCCUUUCGAACUGGUUGAUUCCGCCAUCGCCACAGAAACACAAAGUCGACAUCGUUAUAAGGUGGCAGAGGGUCAAGAACCAGAUGAUCGGAAUGAAGAUGUUAUUUUGGAUUUUGAUAUGCUUUAUGGUGGCGCAGAAAUUGAACCAGUUUUUGAGAAUUGGCACACUUCAGGAGACAGUGUGAUAAAUUUUUCUUGUCGCAAGAGAGAACCGAAAUCACCAUCAGUAUCACUAUCUCUUGUUGAAAAUUUGGAGCAGAAUGUUGGUCCAUCAAUUGAAGAAAAACCUAUGAAUCAUAAUCUUGAAGCUCAUGUGGAAAGCAGAGAAGCCUCAGAAGAAGUGACAGAAAUGGAGGGAGAUGAGCUUGAAACAGAAGUGUCAAUAGGAACUGAAAUUCCUGAUCAUGAGCAAGUGGAUGAGUAUCAAUUUCAUGAUAUUCUUCACGAGGACUCAAAUCAACACAUGCAAGAAGUUCCAUCUACUAGCUCAGUCAGUUUUCAUGUCCAAGAUGAAAGUGGUGGUGACAGAGAGGAAGAGUUUGUAGAAUUUCAAACCAUGUCAGUUGAGACAAGCAUGCCAAAAGUACUAAGGAACCACUUGGAAUCAUCGUUAGAGUCCAAUGAGAAUGAAGCAGAGAAAAUUCCUGAUACACCUACUUCUAUUGAGAGGAAAGAAUCAGGAACAGAAGAAUCCUUGGACGGAAGCAGCAUCAUAAGUGAUAUAGAACCCGGCGAUCUCACCAUUGAGAAGUUAAAAUCAGCAUUGAAAGCUGAAAGGAAGGCCUUGAGUAGUAUAUAUGCAGAACUAGAAGAAGAGAGAAAUGCAUCUGCUGAAGCAGCGAAUCAGACAAUGGCAAUGAUAAAUAGGCUUCAGGAAGAAAAAGCAGCUAUGCAGAUGGAAGCUCUUCAGUACCAAAGAAUGAUGGAAGAACAGUCUGAGUAUGAUCAGGAGGCAUUGCAGCUUCUGAAUGAUCUCAUGGUUAAAAGGGAGAAGGAGAAGCAAGAGCUGGAAAGAGAGCUUGAACUAUACAGAAAGAAGGUUCAGCAACUGGAGGUUAAAGAAAAAUCAAUGAUGUCAAGAAGUGAUGUAACUAACUCAUCAGUUUCUUGCAGCAAUGGGGAGGACAGUGAUGGUAUAUCAGUAGAUUUGAAUCAAGAAGCAAAAGAAGAUAAUGGAUUCUAUGGCGAACAGAACACGAACACACCAGUAGAUGCUGUUCUCUACUUGGAGGAAUCUCUAGAAAACUUUGAGGAAGAGAGGUUGUCAAUUCUAGAACAGCUCAAGGUACUGGAAAAAAAGCUUGUCAUGCUGAAUCAUGAAGAAGGUGUUUGUCAUGAGAAUGGAAAUGGAUACCAUAACCAUGUGAAUGGAUUUGCAAAUGGUCAUUCACAUAUCAAUGGUGGGAGGAAAAUCAUGGGUCAAAAAGGCAAGAGGCUUCUCCCUCUUUUUGAUGCAAUUGGACGAGAAGAGAAUGGGGUGGAUUUGAAUUCGCUGGAAAAUAUUUCUAUGGAAGAGGCUGAUUUAGAAGAAGAAUUGGAUAAUGUAUAUGAGAGACUACAAGCACUAGAGACAGAUAGAGAGUUUCUAAAGCACUGUAUUAAUUCCCUAAGGAAAGGAGACAAAGGGAUAUAUCUGCUUCAAGAGAUUUUGCAACAUCUUCAUGAUCUGAGGAACGUGGAUCUCAGAGCUAAGAACAUGGAUGAUAAUGCUGUAUAACGAGUUUUUGCUCAUGUUUGCCACAAGAAUAAAAAGGUGAAACCAAACGUGCACUAAUUUUUAUAUGGGACAGCAUUGGUUGAUUUAAAAAGUUGUUAAAUGCAGACAUGGUAAUGUUAAAGAUGAUCCACAAGAUGCAAUUCAAGUGAAGAAGCACAGGAAUACAUGGUCCAGCUAUAGGUCAAGUAAAUUAUAAGUCAUAUGGCUUCAACUUUGAACAAAAAUGCGGAGAGGGGAUUCCCUGAUGGGGAGGGGAAGAAUCCUGUACGGGUAUUGCGCUGAUGACAAUGGUGGACACCAAAAUCAAGUCUGGCUUUUCUCUUUCUGGGCUUUGGGUUAAUGCAAUAAGCCCAAAAUUUUUGUGGGUUGUGUCCAUCAUCAUCGCCUUUUUGGGAGGAAGGACGAUGAUGAUCGAAUCUGUAAUGUACGUGUGUGCAGGGCAGAAUGUAUAGAUUCAAUACAGUAUGUUAAUUUUUAGUUUAAUUUUAUUGGAAAGAU